AUGGGGCUCGAAGGAAAGCAGGCGAAGCUGCCAGUGCAACAACUGAUCAUUCUCUCGAUAUGUCGAGUUGCCGAACCUAUUGCCCUCUCUUCGGUCUUUCCAUACCUCCCUGAGAUGAUCGAAAGCUUUGAUAUCCCGAAGAAAGACGUCUCAAAAUGGGCAGGGAUAGCAUCGGCUGUAUUUUCCCUCAGUCAAGCCGUGACUGGCGUUUUCUGGGGACGUGCUGCGGAUAGAUUUGGAAGAAAGCCGGUUAUCAUGUGUGGUAUGCUUGGUAUUAUGAUAACAAGUCUAUUGUUCGGCUUCUCGAAAACGCUGUCUUGGGCAAUCGCAUCAAGAUCUAUAGCUGGUGCUUGUAAUGGUAAUGUUGGAACAAUGAGGACAAUGGUAGCAGAGCUAGUCCCUCAGAAAGAACUUCAGCCCCGGGCCUUUUCAGUAAUGCCACUUGUAUGGACCAUUGGAAGUAUAUUCGGGCCAGCGUUUGGCGGAGCUCUUGCAAAGCCCGCCACCAGGCACCCCGGCCUCUUUGGCAAAAGUCGCUUCUUUCAACAAUAUCCCUUUGCUCUUCCGAACAUGAUUGCGAGUCUCUUCUUUCUCGUCGGCCUCAGCGUAGGAAUUCUAUUUCUACAAGAGACUCUUGAAUCUAAGAAGCACCGCCGUGACUAUGGAAGAGCAUUAGGAAGUCUUCUACUUCGGCCAUUUCAACGGAAAAAGGUCAAGAGCUUCUUACAAGAAGAACAGUCGUCUCCGAUGAUGAAACAUUCAAGGGAUUCUUCAGCUGCUACACUCACGCAAGAUGGAGACCAUCAACCUGCACCAUUGAGGCUUGCACCUCCAACAUACCGCGAAGUCUUCUGGUACCAAUCCAACUUGAAUCUCCUGACGUAUGCUUUGCUAGCUAUGCACUCAAUCGCUUACGAUCAACUCCUGCCUAUCUUCAUGCACUAUCCUCGACGGACAGACCGAUCUUCAGAUCCAGACCAGCAACUUCCAUUCAAAUUCACUGGUGGCUUUGGAAUAGAUUCAGAUCGGAUAGGGCUAAUUUUCAUGCUCUAUGCAGUCAUCGGCUGCUUUAUUCAAUUCGCCAUCUUCCCUGUCUUAGCACGACGGUGGGGCGUGUUGAACUGUUUGAAGCUUGUUGUGAUCAUGUUCCCGCUUGUCUACGUCGCAACUCCAUUUACUGCCCUUUUGCCCACGCAGAUCUCGCAGCAAAUAGGUCUCUUUGUCAUUAUGAUGUUCAAAUGCUGGGCAGCAAUUUUCGCCUUUCCCUGCACUACGAUCUUACUUACGAACAGUGCAAAGAGCCUACGGAUCCUGGGAACUUUAAAUGGCUUUGCGGUCAGUCUCAGCGCACUUGGUAGGGCUGCUGGGCCGGCUACAGGGGGCUGGACUUUCACUUUGGGUGUUAAAAUCGGGUACGGCAUCUUACCCUGGUGGACACUCGCGGCUUGUGCUAUUGUUGCCGCCUUUCCUGUAUGGUGGUUAGUAGAGAUGGACGGCUUUGGUGGGACGGCAAAAGACGACACCCAAGAGAUUGAGGAUGAAGCCAGAUAUACUGAUGAAGUUGAUGUUGAGGACGGAGGGGUGACUUCUGAUAUCCGACGUGCCCCAAAGUACCACGAUGAUGUUGACCAAAGGGACGACUCCGCUACAGACCAUAAGGUGCUAGGCAACGGUGUGCAGAAUCACAAGGUAUUAUAG